GACAGGCCCAAACAGGUCGGGUGGGCGGGACAAGAAUGUCACCUCUCCAGCAGGCCCUCUUGUGAUUGGCUCACGGCGCUGUCACUCAACGGCAUGAUCGAGGGCGCGCCCAGGAGAGACGCGCAAAGUCACGUCGAAAGGGUUUCCAUCCAAAUGUGCGACUUUGUCUACUUUUGACUUCUCCUUCACGCACAAAGAUAGAUUCUUAUGAUCUUUGUGGCCAUGAAGACAAACAUGUUGACCUUCACUCUUCUGUGUCUGAGUGUUUGGGGGCCAUAUAAAACAAUGUGGUGGUUCAGGUGUGGCCCCUGACAGCGGUGUACUGAAGCAAUAAUGAGGGUGUGUCCAUCGUGGCAGUGGUGCCAGGAGUCGGUGCUUUGCAAGUCAACAUCCCAAAUGCCCAGUACGAGUUUGCCAGAGGAGACAACAUCACGCUGCCAUGCUCCUUCGAACCCAAAGCUCCCGGCAUGCCCGACGUCAUCGUCCAAUGGUCCGUGGACGAUUUGGAACCUGACGGCCAACGGAAAUCCAUCGUCACCCAUUAUUCUUACAGAAAUGAGACCAACAUCAAGGCCGCCUAUGAGAAGCGGGUCUUCCUGGAUGUGGACGUGGCCUCCAGAAAGGCCGACCUGAGACUCUUCUCAAUCCGACUGGAAGACAACAAAGAGUUUGAGUGUCGCAUCAACAUCCCUGGUGACGACGAGGGCAAGCCAGCUGCCACCACUCGCCUGGUGGUCCUAGUCGCUCCCUCCACGCCCAUCUGUGCCAUCCAAGGAAAAGCCGAGUACGGGCAGAACAUCAACCUGACGUGCAAGUCCGAGGAGGGCUCGCCGCCACCCACCUAUGAGUGGACCAGUCUUGAUACCAGGAAAGUUCCUCACAUCAAAAGCCCAAGAACGACCAGCAGGGGCGGAGUCAUGUCUCUGUUCAACAUCACCAAGGAAACGUCGGGAUAUUACACCUGCACGUCCAGCAACAAGAUUCGCUCCGCCAGCUGCAACGUCACGCUUUCCGUCAUGCCACGGUCCAUGAACAUCGGCUCCACCGCAGGAAUCAUCGCAGGAGUCGUGGCAGCUCUCAUCAUCCUCGCCGUCGUCAUCUACUGCUGCUGUUGCCGCAAGAAGAAGGAGGAGGAGGAAUACGCAAUGGGAGUUCGUGAGGAAGGCCCCCCCGACAAAGAACCAGACAGGAAUGGCGAGGGAGCCAACGACAGACGUAUCGACGACGACGAUCGCUCCGAUGUGAGGGCGCCCCUUCGUGACCGGCCCGAGGGGCGAGGCCAACGCGACCCCAGCCCCCGCCGGGACCGCGACGACCGCUACAGCGACUACGAUGACGGCCGCAGCGACUACACCGACCGCCGCAGCGACUACACCGACCGCCGCAGCGACUACGCAGACCGCCGCGAGCACUACGACGACGACCGUCGCAGCGACUACGCCGACGACCGUCGCAGCGACUACGCCAACUCCCGCGAGCGGUACGACGACCGCCUAGAGCGCCACGCUCAGGACCGCCACCCCAACGCCGAACGAGACGCUCGCUACCGCGACGACGCUCGCUACGACGAACCUUACGACGACCGUGACGCGCCCCCCGUCCCGUCCAAAAAGCCGCCAAGAAGAGACUACGAUGAGUAAGCCACUCGGGUUUAUUGACCGCCGUCCUCCAUCUUGUUUUUCCACCCCCGAGGACUUUUACGCCAUGUUGCACGCACGGCGGGCCCCGCCUCCUUUUGCAGGAAAAAGUUGAUUAAUCCCAGCCCCUUCCUGCUCCGCCACUGAUAACAAAUAUAACGGCACAUUUCACGCGGAAACAUUUGCUAUUUGAUCUUUUCAUAAAUGUCUUGUUUUGCAUCCCAAAUAACUGUAAAUGAGGUCCAAAACAAAUUGGGUUUGAGUCAAAUAGUUUGACAUAAUUCAAGUGUUAAGGGGCAGGGGGGGGGGCCACAUUUGAUCUAGGAGCGGCCCUGCUUGUCAGACUGCAUGCUAGGAGUGGACGUAGCUUCCUUCAAAGUGCCACUAGAGUAGACCUCUUGUUUUUAUUCAUUCUCUCUUUGACGUGUUACAGCUGUGUUUUAUAGGGAAUAAUGACCUUAGCUGUACUUCUCCAUCUUCUUCUGCUUAUGCACAGUCAGGUCGCGGGGGCAGCAGCCAAAGCAAAGACGCUGUAGUUACAGUAUGUCCCAUAUGUUCAUAUCUCAUCAAUCAAUGUGUCAUGUACAGGCUUUUUACUUCCAUACGACAUUACGCUCUUUUUGCCUCCAUUUUAAAAAAAAUUGUGUGUAGGUUUUUACUUUGGCUGAACAUUGAUGUACUGCAAAUGUUUUCAAAGUAUUGCAGUAUCUUUAGCUUUGCUGUCAGUUGUGCUUGCUGUUUGUCCAACAAUGUACUGUAUUGCAAUAUAAUAAAUCAUCUAUUCUGAAGAAUGAA